AUGUAUUCUCUUAUCAUCGCCUUUCUUUACAUGCGGUGUGUAACUACGUCGCCUAUCGCGUCUCGAGGCUUGUUUCGAAAGAUAGUAACUGAACUCAACAAGGAGGCCUUUGAAGAGGCCCAGCAGCUAGACGGCACGGCGACUAGGGCGAUCUCGGGGACGAAGAUACGAACUUCCGAUGGGCGAUGCUUAUUUGUUGACGAGCUAUCGGGAGAUUUCCGGGCAAACCUCACUCCGAUACAAGUGGCCGAAUGUGGCGCAACUGACGGACAGGAAUGGGAUAUUAUUACCGCAGGGAAACAUAAUAACGCUGAAAACUCCAUGUUGGUGGUUAGCACGUUGACCAAUGCUUGUUUUAACUUUGAUCCACGACGUGCAGCUGGUGACCAAGUCAUCCUCUUUAGUUGUGGUGGGAGGGCGGACGGUGGUGGCGAAGUCACGGAUUCCCAACUCUUCCCUUUCGACGGUAGCGAUGGGCCUCUGACAUUUUCGCCCAAAAAUGACCAACAGUCCUGCUUCACCGUCAAGGGCGAUGCCGUCGAUGUUGCUCCCUGUGUCGCUGGAAGUUCCGACCAGACGUUUACGUUUGAUGAUGCACCUGCAUCCGUUAGCAGUAUAUCAAGCGGAACGGAAGUCUCACCUACAUCGACUAACCCGCAAGUGAGUACCACGUCUACAUUUGAUUCGACUACAACGACGGCUAUUACGACGGUAAUUGCGACAACGACUCCAGUCUCGGAUGUUACUUCUUCGCAGGUUGUAUCGACGAAUUCAGGCGCUGGAGGAAUCCCGAACCCCACGCAGGCUGUUCCAGUAUCUCGUGCCGGUGGCGUGUUACAACCCACCGCCGUCGCGGAGGCCCAUCAGCGGGAUGAUACGGCGACGCGGGCUUUCACCUCGGUCAGCAUAAAGGCGCCGAAUGGGCAGUGCCUCUUCAUCGACCCAACUGCCGGCGACUUUCGCGAGAACCUUAUUCCCGUAUCGUUGGUAGAGUGCGGCGGGACGCCUAACGAAAAGUUUGACCUUAUCACGGCUGGAAAGCACAAUAACGCCCAAGACUCAGCCUUGAUAGUGAGCAGCUUGACGAACGGUUGUAUUAGCUUUGACGGACGACGCCCGGCCGGCGAUACGGUAACAAUCUUCUCAUGUGGGGGGCGAGCUGCUGGAGAGGGCGAAACCAACAAUGGCCAGUUGGUGCCGUUCACUGGCGAAACGAGUCUAGUCUUCGCGCCAGAGAGCGAACGAAAUGCAACGUGUAUCGUGCCGGGUGAUGGUAGGCUUGAUUCUGCCCCUUGCGCUGGCGAUGGCUCUCAAGUCUUUACAAUUCUGCUGUAAAGGGGGGUAUAGCAACAAUAUUAUCAAGAACCCUUGCACCUUGUACCCUUGCAUUGAAAGUUCCUGAUUCAUCAAAGAAAGCUAUAUGAUCUGAUCAAUUUGUGAUGUGUAAACUCGCGCUACUAAAACUGUUUCCAAGUCCUGCAUUUCG